CCUGGCCUCUCCACAGAGCCAGGCGGCCUCCACCUCAGUCUCAGCCAGACAUGUCUAGCCUCCAGGAGCUGUGCUCUGGCCUGCCCCUGCGGCCCCUCCCAGAGAACCAGGGACGUUGGGCUGGGGUGCCCCAUGCCCCAGUCAGGACCCCUGGCCUCAGCCCUGCAGAGGAGAAGCUGGCCCUGAGGAAUGCCCUGCGCUACUUCCCCCUGGACGUCCAGAAGCUGCUGGCCCCCGAGUUUGCCCAGGAGCUGCGACUGUAUGGGCACAUCUAUAUGUACCGGUUCUGCCCCCGCAUUGAAAUGAAGGCCUACCCUCUGCAGCAGUACCCCUGCCGGACGAAAGCUGCAGCAGCUGUCAUGCACAUGAUCAUGAACAACCUGGACCCCGCCGUGGCCCAGUUUCCCCAGGAGCUCGUGACCUACGGAGGAAACGGACAAGUGUUCAGCAACUGGGCUCAGUUCUGGCUGACGAUGUCCUACUUGUCACAGAUGACAGAGGAGCAGACCCUGGUCAUGUACAGUGGGCACCCACUGGGCCUCUUCCCAAGCAGCCCUGGAGCCCCAAGGCUGGUUAUCACCAACGGGAUGGUCAUUCCCAACUACUCUUCCAGAGAGGAGUAUGAGAAGCUCUUUGCCAUAGGGGUUACAAUGUAUGGCCAGAUGACAGCAGGCAGUUAUUGCUACAUCGGUCCCCAGGGAAUCGUUCACGGCACAGUGCUCACUGUACUGAAUGCUGGGCGUCGGUACCUGGGCGUCGAGGACCUGGCUGGGAAAGUCUUCGUCACCUCUGGAUUGGGCGGAAUGAGUGGCGCUCAGGCCAAAGCCGCAGUCAUCGUGGGGUGCAUUGGUGUGAUAGCAGAGGUGGAUAAAGCAGCCCUUAUGAAACGCCACCAGCAAGGUUGGCUGAUGGAAGUGACCGACAGCUUGGACCAGUGCAUUGGAAGACUCAGGGAAGCAAGGAAAAAAAAGGAGGUGCUCAGCCUUGGUUACCAUGGCAAUGUGGUGGAUCUUUGGGAGCGCCUGGUCCACGAAUUGGACAAGACAGGGGAGCUCUUGGUGGACCUGGGGUCAGACCAGACAUCCUGCCACAACCCAUUCAAUGGUGGCUAUUAUCCUGUGCAGCUUGGUUUUGCAGAGGCCCAGAGCCUCAUGGCUUCUGAUCCUGGAAAAUUCAAGGGCCUGGUCCAGGAAAGCUUGAGGAGGCAAGUCUCAGCCAUCAACAGGCUGGCCAAGGAGAACUUCUUCUUUUGGGACUAUGGCAAUGCCUUCCUCUUGGAGGCCCAGAGAGCAGGAGCUGAUGUGGAGAAGAAAGGUGCCGAAAAGACCGAGUUCCGCUACCCCUCCUAUGUCCAGCACAUUAUGGGGGAUAUAUUCUCCCAGGGAUUCGGGCCUUUCCGCUGGGUCUGCACAUCAGGGGACCCCCAGGACCUGGCAGUCACAGAUCAGCUGGCCACGUCUGUGCUGGAGGAGGCCAUUGCUGGCGGAGUGAACCCAGCUGUGAAGCUGCAAUAUAUGGACAACAUUCGCUGGAUUCGGGAGGCUGCCAAGCACCGGCUGGUGGUGGGCUCCCAGGCAAGGAUCCUGUACUCAGACCAAAAAGGCCGUGUGGCCAUUGCUGUGGCCUUUAACCAAGCCAUCGCCCGGGGGAAGAUAAAGGCCCCAGUGGUCCUGAGCCGAGACCACCAUGAUGUGAGUGGCACGGACAGUCCCUUUAGGGAGACCUCCAACAUUUACGACGGCUCUGCCUUCUGUGCAGACAUGGCCGUGCAGAACUUCGUGGGCGAUGCCUUUCGAGGAGCCACCUGGGUUGCUCUUCACAAUGGUGGGGGCGUGGGCUGGGGUGAGGUGAUGAAUGGUGGGUUCGGCCUCGUGCUUGAUGGGACCCAGGAGGCUGAGCAGAAGGCCAAGAUGAUGCUCAGUUGGGACGUCUCCAAUGGAGUGGCCCGCCGCUGUUGGUCCGGGAACCAGAAGGCCUAUGAGAUCAUCUGCCAGACGAUGCAGGAGAACAAGGGCUUGGUGGUGACACUGCCACACAAGGUGGCAGACGAGCACAUGCUCCAGCAGGCCUUGCGGCCAUGA